AGCUAACUUUCGUUUUUUCUCUGUUUACGUAUGAAUCAUCUUUUCCAAGAUGGCGAUGCACCUGUUUCUCUGGCGAUGAUCCUCUUCAUUUUUGCGCAGUUUUUAUAAAAUAACCACCGGGAAUACGUUGUCGACAAACCGACGGCGUGUGAGGGAAACUCUGAAGUGAUCUGCACCGUCCAGAAUGUCCACGGAGGAGCUGUCAGCUUCGGAUAGCGAGACUGUGUUCGCCAGCGCUGGGGAGCGAUGGGCACCGGUGGGCGCCGUGGCCAGCCCCGAGGAGGAGAGCGGCGGCCGGCCGAGGCAGAGAGGCUCGUCGUCGGUCACCGAUGAGAAGAUGGCCGCCCGGCUGAUGAAGCUGGAAGAGGAGCAGGACUUGUUGAAUUCGUCUCUUUUAGCGCUAACGUCGCACUUCGCACAGGUUCAGUUCCGACUGAAGCAGAUAGUUCACGCUCAGAGCGAGGAGAAGGAGAGGAUGCUGGCCGAGCUGGAGGAGUUCGCCUUCCGGGGCUGCCCGCACGUCGUGGGCUGCCGAGCCCAGGAUGCCAAGCAGCUGGAGAACUCGGAAGAUCUGAGCGAGAGGGAGAAGCGGGAGCGACUGGAGGCGCAGAGGGAAAAACAAAAGGAUCUCAUCGUCCAGCUGAAGACGCAGCUGGACGAUCUGGAGCGUUUCGCCUAUCAGGAGGGCAGCUACGACUCGCUGCCGCAGUCCGUCGUCAUGGAGAGGCAGAAGGUCAUCAUCGACGAGUUGAUAAAGAAGCUGGACGUGAAUCUGAACGAGGACAUCGGGAACUUGUCCCCCGAGGAGCUGAGACAGCGGGUGGACGCCGCCAUCGCUCAGAUCGUUAACCCGGCCCGAGUGAAGGAGCAGCUGGUGGAGCAGCUGAAGACCCAGAUUAGGGACCUGGAGAUGUUCAUUAACUUCAUACAGGAUGAGGUGGGAAACCCUCUUUUGUCAGAUGGAGGGCGGAGUCAGCAGCCGAAAGCAGACGGAGCCAACGGCAGAGCUGCAGGGAUGAAGCAGAAAGUGGACCCGGUCCAGGCCGAGCGGAUGCGGAACACGGGCCUGCAGCUCAUCCAGAAGGCUCUGGCCGUGCUGCAGAUCUUCGCUGCCAGUCAGUUCGGCUGCUCGGCCGGACACGUCCCCCAGAACCUUUGGCCCCAGGACUGUCCGGGCCGGGACUAUGGCCCCCUGCUGCAGCGCCUGGAGGCGGCCGUGGAGAAGGUCCGGGUCCUGGGCUCGCGGCGCCAUCCCUCCAUAGAGCACGUGGUGAGCUACAGCGGCGGGGCGGCGGCGGCGCUGGGCGCCCGGGACGAGCUGACGACGGCGGUGAGGAAGGAGCUGGCGGUGGCGCUGAAGGACCUGCUGGCCCACGGCCUGUUCUGCCCCUCGCAGACCAUGAGCCUGGUGCUGGCGCCCAUCUCCUGCCUGCUGCCCUACCGCCCCGCCCCGCUCACCAUGCACCCCUGGGAACUCUUCGUCAAGUAUUACGAGUCCAAAAACGGGAAGGCGUUCGUGGAAUCGCCAGCCCGAAAGCUGUCGCAGUCCUUCAGCCUGAAGGUGGGCGGCGGCCCGGGGACGGUGACGCCCAAACACUCGCUGCUGUGGGCCGUCCACUCGGUGCUGAAGGAGCACGGCCGCUACAAGCGCGGGCCGGACUCGGAGCUCAAAGCGCUGGUGUGCAUGGCGCUGAACGAGCAGCGGCUGGUUUCCUGGAUCAACCUGCUCUGCAAGUCGUCCACUCUCAUCCAUCCGCACUACCAGAGCUGGAGCUACAUGGCCCAGACGGGCUUCGAGGGCGCCCUGCGCAUCCUGGGCCGCAUCAGCCACCUGCGCUUCAACCUGCCGGUGGACCUGGCCGUGCGGCAGCUCAAGAACAUCAAGGACGCCUUCUGACGAGGCGCUCUGCGGCGCCGUUCACUGCAAAAACACAAAGUCUGACCAAGAGUUUCUGUUUGGUUUCUGUUCAAAAUGUCUCUCUAUGUUUAAAAUAAGACAAAACUAAAUCUGAACUAACAAUUCAGCAAGAAAUACCAGCUUGUUUUAAGUCAGUAAUUAUCAAAUAUUGAUAGAAAUAACUCGCUGGCAGAUUAUCUCUCUUAUAACAUAGGAAACAAUGUUGUGUUGCCAUGGAAACGAGUAUUUUUUCUCAAUAUUCAAGAACUACGUACUGAGAAAUUCCUAUAUCUUGCUGAAAAGUUAGUUUACAUGUUGUUUACAUGUGCAUGAAUGUGUUAACCUGCUUCUCCUCUAAACACACCUUCUGCUGCAAAAACACAAAGUAUUACCAAGUGUUUUUGUUUGGUUUCUGUUUCAAAUGUCUUAUUAUGUUUAGAAUAAGACAAAAUUAACUCACAAGUAACAUUUCAACAAGAAAUAGCAGCUUGUUUUAAGUCAGUAAUUACUGAAUGUCGAUAAAAAUCACUGCUUCACUUUUACCAUGGGGAGAAAUAUCUUGUUGCCAUGGAAAUGUGUACAUUUUAUCAAUAUUCAAGCAUUAUUUACUGAAAACAAGCUCCUAUGUGUUGCUCAAAAGUUGUUUGUGAGUUAAUUUGUCUUAUUUUAAGUGUACUAAGAAACUAGAGAAAAAUACUUAAGAUUUUGUGUUUUUGCAGUGUAGAGUGACCUGCGAUGACCUCACCUUUAGCCUUCAACAUCUUUGUGACCUUUGCUCAGCAGCCUCUUCCUCUGCUGGACCUGAUGGCGCUCUAACCUAUGCAGCAAACAUCCUGAGGAGACAUACACUGCAAAAACACUAAAUCUUACAGUAUUUUUGUACAGAGCUUGUUUAAAGUAAAUAACUUAUCGAUAUUGAUGAAAUAGUACUAGCAGAUUAUUUCCUGUGAUAUGGAAACAUGUCAUGUCAUAAAUGAAAUAAUGAACCUGGAGAACCAGCACUUUUUUCAUCGAUAUUAAGGAAUUAUUGACUCUACCAAGCUUCUAGAUCUUGCUGAAAAGUUACAUUUUAGUUUUGUCUUAUUUUGAGUUUACUGAGAUAUUUUCUCUAGAAAUGAGACAAAAAUAGUUGGUAAGAUUUUGUGUUUUUGCAGUGUAUGUAAACUCUCUAGUUCUUGUUUAUAACUCUGGAUGCUGUUACGCAAACAGGAAGCUUCUGUGUAGCAAAAAUCACCAAAAUAAAAGCUCUGUGUGUGUGUGGGCGGCGUUGCUGUUAUCGUGCAGCUUUUUGGUCAAAUGUUCCACUGAAUGUGUUCCUGUGUUUCAGUUCUGACUGUUUCCUCCUCGACUGAGCUGCUGCUGAUUAUCAUUUUUAUUCCAGAUUUUAUUUUAUUUUCCAUGAACAGCAAAUCACGUCCGUAAAAACCUGAAUGUAUGAACCGUAGAUGCUAUUAAACUGACGUUAGUUUGUA